AUUGUUUUGCUUCUGGAUAGGAUUCGCUACCACAUUUGGUGCCAUGCUUUCCAAGACAUGGAGAGUCUACAGAAUUUUCACCAAUAAACGGAUGAAACUAAAAAUGUCCAUUAGGGACAAACAUCUACUUGUCAUCAUCGGUAUACUCGUUUCUAUGGAAACACUUGUCUUGAUCGUCUGGGAGGGUUACUCACCGCAUCGAGUAGACAAGCAGAUGCUGAAGACAGAUAACGUGACCAAAGAUAGUGGGGACACGAUUGCAGCGUUUUACCUUGUUUGCGUAUCUGACUACUCCAGCUAUUUCAACUGGACCCUUCACACAGUCAACGGUGCUCUUAUAGCCUUCGGUGCUUUCUUGGCAUGGGAAACAAGACGAGUACACAUAGACAACUUGAACGACUCUAAGACGAUCGGUAUAUGUUUGUACAACGUUGUCGUCCUGAGCGUUGUUGGUCUUGUUCUGUCGCUGAUUCUUAAGGACAAACCGAUUGAACUGCUUGGAGUCACUUCCUGUGUGCCUUUUCGUCGGAACUCUCGUUUCGGAGGUGUUGAUAUUUUUCCCAAAGAUGUUAGCUGUUUACCGGAAAUUUAUUCCAACCACAAACAAUACCUUAAAAGGUCUAGAAUUGUCCACAUCACGUUCGUCUGACAGGGCAACACAAACUGACUAGAAUGGAUUUACACAAUAAUGAACCUACAAAGAGUUUAGAUAGAAGUAUCACAAUGAACUGACCACGAGAUUUGAUAAACAACACACAUUUAACUUACGACGAGAUUGGAUUUGCAUUACGAAUUAAAUUAAAUCACAAAUUGAACAUAUAACCAGUUUGGAUUUACAUCACACAUUACACAUACGACGACAUUGGAUAAACACUAUACAUUGAUACUUAUUAUACAUUAUAAUUUGUAAAUGAAAUUGGCUAUAGGAUUUACAUUUUUUUUACCAAAUCAAUAUUUUAAG